CUUCCAUUUCAUCCAUCCCGCUCCAAUAAGAUGUAUGACAUCGUCAUCAAUCUCGCCAUUCCCUUGGAUGAUCGACCCCACUUACUUGAAACUUUCUUUCUUCGGGAUGACCAGAGUAUCUAGCUGCACGUCCUUGUCCUCCACCUGACUCACAUCACUGAACUUGCACUCUAAGUACUCUGUCUUAGUCCUGCUUAACUUGAAACCCUUCAACUCUAGAGUCCGUCGCCAAACCUCCAUUCCCCAUCUCACCCUCAACUUCAUAUAUAGUGCGUUCCUAGAUUACAUAUAUAUAUAUACUUCUUCACUUCUAGGGCUUAUCUCGCUUCGCCACAUCUAGGAGAAAGCAGCACAAUGGCGGGCGCAUUCUCAAUGGCGAAAGCGAGAAGCCUUAUUUCUCAUCUCCGCCUCCUUUUAUCAUCCACAGUUAAAGAAACCCAGUACAGAACCUUCAGUGCUUGCAUAAGUGUUCACCAUUUUGUUCCGGCCCAGUAUGUAGAUAUUACCGUUAUUAGAAGAUGGAAUGGUUUUCAGGGUGGGAUGAAAAGAUGGGGGUUCAGCGGUAUGCCAACAUCACAUGGUUCUUCAUUAUCCCACAGAAGUAUAUGUUCUGCAGGUCAAAGAGAUGCUCCAGGAAAGGGUGGGAUGAAAAGAUGGGGGUUCAGCGGUAUGCCAACAGCACAUAGUGCUUCAUUAUCCCACAGAAGUAUAUAUUCUGUAGGUCAAAGAGAUGCUCUAGGAAAGGGUGGGAUGAAAACAUGGGGGUUCAGCAGUAUGCCAGCAUCACAUGGUGCUUCAUUAUCCCACAAAAGUAUAUGUUCUACAAGUCAAAGAGAUGUUCCAGGAAAGAAUGAGCGGGAUGACAACGGCUACGUGCAGUGGGCAAUUCAUGUGGCUGGCAGUACUUGGUACGAUGAUUAUCGCCAUCAGGAAGAUGUGUGCCAUGCUUUCCAGCUAUUGAAAAGAGGAGGACUAAAGGAAGAAAACAUUAUUGUGUUUAUGCACGUCAUUCCGAAUCCUAUCUCUCAUGGUAUGCCCGCACAUCCAUCUCAGCAUCCGCAUCUCUGCUACCUUCAUUUUCUGGACAUGAGCUUUCUUAACUGGCCAAUAUACCAUCCCAUACAGCAUAGUCGGUCUAACCACCGCUUUGUAAAACUUUCCUUUUAGUAAAGACGGCACCUUUUUAUCGCACAACACCCCCGAUACGAGCUUCUAUUUUAUCCAUAUCGCUCCAAUAUGAUGUGUGACAUCGUUAUCAAUCUCGCCAUUCCCUUGGGUGAUCGACCCCAGAUCCUUGAAACUUUCUUUCUUCGGGAUGAACUGAGUAUCCAGCUGCACGGCCUUGUCCUCUACCUAACUCACAUCACUGAACUUGCACUCUAAGUACUCUGUCUUAGUCCUGCUCAACUUGAAACCCUUCAACUCUAGUGUCUGUCGCCAAACCUCUAUUCCCCAUCUCACCCUCAACUUCAUAUAUAGUGCUUUCCUAGAUUACAUAUAUAUACUUCUCCUCUUCCAAGGC